GUCCAUUCAUUUCACUUCGAUUUCGCCCUAGCCCCAGGAGGACGCGUUUCGCGGACUAUAAAAUAUUUUUAAUUGCUCAAGAAGAUUUUGUCAGGGGGGAUUUUUAUUCUAAUUAGUUUUUAUUCAGAAAAUAAUAAUAAAUUUUCUUUUAAACAAAGAAAAAAUACAACACAAAUUAAUUGUUUUGUUAUCAUCAAUUUUUAAAUUAUUCUCUGGUGCAAUUAAGUGUGUUCAACAUCUUUCUGAGACUACACUUUUUUUUAAUUUUUAACCCCUUUUUUCAACCACGCUGAAAAUCAACACACACAAAAAAAUAUCUAGUAUCUGCGAAUUUCGUUUGUUCCUCCACCAAAUUUAUUUAUAAUAUAAUAAAUUUUAUAAAAAUUUAACAAAUUUUAUUAAACGGGGGCAAAAUUGCUACGCAACAACAAAAUAGAUUCAACCGCAAACGUCGGCUAUACAUGGAAGACGUUAUCGUGAUUAGUGACACCGAGUUAGAGCAGGAAUCAUCAGACAUGGAUAUUGAAGCCGAUCAAGAUAUAAUUGUUCCAAAGGAUACAGAAACCAUUGCUGAGGAGAAGAAAAAACAGGGAAAUGACCAAUAUAAAGCACAAAACUACCAAGCUGCCCUCAAAUUAUACUCUGAUGCAAUUUCACUAUGUCCCGAUUCGGCUGCCUUCUAUGGCAAUCGUGCUGCAUGCCACAUGAUGUUGUGCAACUAUCACAAUGCACUAAGUGAUGCCCGCACAGCUGUUCGUAUUGAUCCUAAAUUCGAAAAAGGCUAUGUCCGCAUAGCCAAAUGCUGCACUAUUCUCGGUGAUAUUAUCGGAACCGAGCAGGCCAUCAAAAAGCUCGAAGAAGUUGAUCCCUUAAAUAGUGCUAUUAAAAUUGAACAACAGUCGUGUCAGCAAUUGCGUCAAAUCGAAAAGACUGUCCAAACUCAGUAUGAAUCACAAUCCUACAGAAAUGUCGUCUACUAUCUAGACAAUGCACUUAAAAUAGCUCCAGCUUGCCUCAAGUACAAGCUAAUGAAGGCCGAGUGUUUGGCAUUCCUGGGUCGUACAGAUGAGGCAGUCGAUAUUGCUGUGAGUGUUAUGAAGAAUGAUACCACCUCAGCUGAUGCCAUCUAUGUACGUGGAUUGUGCUUGUACUACAGUGACAAUCUGGAAAAAGGUAUUUUGCACUUUGAACGAGCUCUACAACUCGAUCCAGAUCACCAGAAAGCCAAGACUAUGCGUUUCAAAUCGAAAUUACUCAAAGAGAAAAAAGAGUCUGGCAAUGUGCUUUUCAAAUCUGGACGUUUCCGUGAGGCUUUGACCGUUUACACAGAUGCCCUUGAAAUCGAUCCAUUCAACAAGGACAUGAACAGCAAAUUGUACUACAAUCGAGCUUUGGUUAAUUCAAAAAUUGGCAGUUUGCGUGAAGCCAUUGUUGAUUGUACAAAAGUUUUGGAAAUCAAUUCAAAUUAUUUGAAAGCUUUACUUUUGCGUGCCAGAUGUAAUAACGAUUUGGAGAAGUUCGAGGAAUGUGUUGCGGAUUAUGAGGCAGCAUUCCAAAUUCAAAAAACUAACGACAUCAAAAAUAUGUUGCGAGAUGCUAAAUUUGCAUUGAAAAAAUCAAAACGAAAGGAUUACUAUAAGAUCUUGGGGGUAAAUAAAAAUUCAACAGAAGAUGAAAUCAAAAAGGCCUAUCGCAAGAAAGCUUUGGUUCAUCAUCCAGACAGACAUGCUAACUCAACAGCAGAGGAGCGCAAAAUUGAGGAACUUAAAUUUAAGGAAAUCGGUGAAGCUUAUGCUAUUCUUUCUGAUUCAAGAAAGAAGAUGCGAUAUGAUAGUGGUCAGGAUAUUGAUGAACAGGAACAAGGAGGUUCUAAUGGAUUUUCUUUCGAAACUGACGAAGAUGAUACCGAUGAAGAUGAACCUAAAGAAUCUGAUAGCUUAUUUUCAUAUGAAAGCGAAGAAUUUAGUCCAAAGAGACGUAGAACAGAAUUCGAUCCAAAUCAAAUGUUCCGACAGUUUUUCCAGUUUAGUGGCGGCAAUGGUGCCUCUUUUGGUUUUGACUUCUAAUCAAAUUAAAUUUAACUACGUACUACCACCUUUACUCUGAUUCUCUCUAUCAAGAUGUCUUUUACUACACUUUGAAAAUUUGAAGCAAUUAAAAAACUGCUGCAAUUCAACAGUUAAAAGCAAAUCUUCAAGGAUUCUCAACACAGCAAACAUCAAUAACAACAACAACUAUAAUAAUUUAUGUUAUAAAUUAAAUUAAAUAAAAAAGAAAAAAAUAAUCAGAAUUAUUGUUUCGAUAAUAAUGUUAAAAAACAAAUGUUAACAAUUACUGAGAAAUAAUUUUAAAAAUAUAUAAUUCUUUUCUAUUCAUUAUUUUUUUUACAAACUUAAAUUACAAAUUAUUAUAUAUUUAGUUUGUCAUUCAGUCAAUCAGUUAGUAGUCAUUUUAUAAACCCUAAUUAGAGUCUUGAUAAAAAUAACUUAAAUUUUGUUUUCGUUUAAGAAGAUGAGAGAAUAUAGACAGAUUAGAGUAAAAAAAAAGAAAAACAAAUAAAGUAAACAAAAGAUAAAAAUAAAGAAGUUCACACAGUUGAUUAUUAUGUUUCCAAAUAAAAUGUGAUAUUAAAAUCAGA